UGGGUCACCCACAGCAUGCUGGGAAUUGUGGUUCAGUCACUCAGACUACAGCUGUCUGCUCUUCAGAGCUUCGCGUUUGAAAAGGUCUGGGCAGUGAUGGAGUCUGUGUUGCUGCGUUGUCCCAUCACAGCGCUUGAGUUCCUGGGAGAGGACUACUUGCUCUCAGGGGAGGGCCCUGUCCUCACUGUGUACAGCCUGGGUCCCCACAGAGAGAGCGCAUCACAGAGCGUGCUCAGAAACCAUCGUAUCCAUGGCAUCCGCCCAUCACCGUGGCGACAGGAUGGAGGUGGCGGGGCCCUGCUGGCUGUGUUUGGAGGGAAGGCAGUGCGAGUGAUGGAGCUGAGGGAAGGCCCCUCCAUUGCAGACCUGUCCUCAAUCUCAGAGCUCCAGGACUGGGUCUGGGACGUGUGCUGGCUGCAGGACAGGGAAGGGUCUGGUUCUGGUGUUGGGAUGCUGGCAGUGGCUCUGGCCCACAACGUGGUGGUUCUGUUGGACCCGGUGUCGGGCCGGGCCCUGCGGGAGGUGCGCUGUGAGGAAACGUGCAUCCUGUACUCUGCACUGCUCGUGGGAUGCAGCUGGGCCCGGCUGGCGCUGAUCUCUGGCACAGUAUUCAACCAGCUGGUUCUAUGGAGGCCCGGAAACUGGGGGCCCAGAAACGAGGAUGGCCUGGCCAGGGCAGAGUGCAGAGUGGCUGGGCACCAGGGCGUGAUCUUUGGGCUGGCAUAUCAGCCUCACAAGGGGCUGCUGGCCUCUGCUUCUGAUGACCGCAGCGUGCGUCUGUGGGAAGUGGGGGACCUGUCUGAGGAGGGGGGAGUGUGGGGAUCAGGGGUGGCUGGGGGGCCACGCUGCCUGCAGAUUCUCUACGGUCACCAGGCACGUGUCUGGGCUGUGCGUCUGCUGUCCAAUUGGCUACUGAGUGUGGGUGAGGACUCUGCCUGCCUACUCUGGGGCUGUCGCCGUGGCAACGUGCUGCGCAGGUAGUUCAAGGGUCAUCGGGGGAGGGUCAGGGCACUGGCGGCAAUUGAGAGGGAGGGGGGAGGGACCUGGGUGGCUACAGGGAUGGCCGACAGCGGAAUGGGAGAGGUGGAGAUUGACAAGGGAGAGGGGAUGGUGAGGGCUGAAGGAGAGGUGGAGAUUGACAAGGGAGAGGGGAUGGUGAGGGCUGAAGGAGAGGUGGAGAUUGACAAGGGAGAGGGGAUGGUGAGGGCUGAAGGAGAGGUGGAGAUUGACAAGGGAGAGGGGAUGGUGAGGGCUGAAGGAGAGGUGGAGAUUGACAAGGGAGAGGGGAUGGUGAGGGCUGAAGGAGAGGUGGAGAUUGACAAGGGAGAGGGGAUGGUGAGGGCUGAAGGAGAGGUGGAGAUUGACAAGGGAGAGGGGAUGGUGAGGGCUGAAGGAGAGGUGGAGAUUGACAAGGGAGAGGGGAUGGUGAGGGCUGAAGGAGAGGUGGAGAUUGACGAUGGAGAGGAGACGGAGGGAGAGAGCAGUGCAGGGGGCAGGCGUCUCUCUCAGCUCCACUUCAGUGGUCAGGGCACCCCCAAAGUGAUUCGCCUGGUGGGCUCCAGAGGUCAGGUCCUGGUGAUGACAGACUCAGGUUGCCUGUACUGCUGCAGUGUGGGAGAGGAGGGUGUGCAGGGGGAGGGCUGGCAGCUGCUCAUGGAGGACCCUGACUUCCAGUCCUACAGCGUGGUGGAGGUGAGUGCUGGGUCUGCGCUGUGUGCUGUGGGUAACAUCACAGGCAGGGUCCGUGUCCUCUCCCUGUCCCAGCCAGGGGGCGCUGUGGAGGUGUGGGCCGGCCGGGGGAAGGUGCACAGCCUGUGCUGGGGGUCUCGGGAGGCUGGCUCGGAGCUCUUCGUGUCGGGCCCCGAGGGCAGGGUGCUAUGGUGGGGGGCGGGGCAGGCAGAGGGAGCUCCGCUCAGGGUGCUGCAGAAAGGCUCCUUCCUCCUGCCUCCCUGUAGGCACCAGUGGCUCACUGGAGUGGCUUUCCUGCCAGGCAGUGGCGAUGGCGUGGGCCUGUGGGUGUGUGGGGACCGGCGGGGCUCUGUGCUGCUGUACCGGGACAGAGAGCAUGCUGACCGACAGGAGCCGGUGUCUGUGCUGUUUGGGCUGCAUGGCAGGCAGGGGGUGACCUCGGUGACAGUGCAGGGGGGGCUGGUGUACAGUACGGGGCGGGAUGGCUGCUACCGAACCCUGAGUGUGAGGGAGGGGGGCCCAGCCCUGGAGGUCCUGCGGGCUCAAAGAGCCUGCCGCGGAAUGGGCUGGAUAGAGAGGGUGCUGUUCCAGGGCGUUGAGGGAGGCGGGGAGCUGGUGCUGGGGUUCCACUCCACUGAUCUGGUGCUGUGGGACUCGGGAAGGAAGGAGAGGCUGCUGUGUGUGCCGUGCGGAGGGGGGCACCGGUCCUGGAGCUACAGCCGUGACUCUGCUGGAUUCAGCUUCGCCUUCCUGAAGCAGGGGGCUGUCUUCCUGUCCUGGGCCCCUCGCCCCUCCUCAGCUCUGCGCUGCUCCCCGGUGGUGAGGCAGGGGCUGCACGGGAGGGAGGUGACCUGCCUGUGCCGCCUGGGCACCGUGACAACGCCGGGAGGAGCUGUGGAUAUCCUGGUGACGGGCAGCGAAGACACCACGCUCACCGUGCUGGCCGUCCAGCCCUCCCACGGCCUGAUCACCACCCUGACCACCCUCACCGACCACAUCUCCAGUGUGAGGGCACUGGCCACGGGGCAGAGAGGCAGACUGACACACAGACACACAGACCAACUCUCCACUCUGCUGUUCUCAGCGGGAGGGCGGGCCCAGCUCCAGUGCUACCGGCUGCUGAUUGGCUGGGAUGAGCAGCAGCAGGGAGUGUCCUGCCAGGCAAUCCACCUGGCCUCUCACCGAUUGGACGAACACUGGGAGCGAAUGAGGAACCGGCACAAGACUGUGAAGAUGGACCCCGAGACCAGGUACAUGUCUGUGGCAGUGGUGGAUGCUCGGAUGGAUGGUGGAGACGCAGUCUUCCUGGCCGCAGCCUGCAGUGAUGGAGCGGUGAGGUUGUUCUCUCUGCGUGAGGGGAGGCGCAGGCUGGCUCUGCUGGCGGAGUGGUUUCAUCACCAGCGAUGUGUUCUCAAGGUGACCUCGUUCACACACCGGCCAGGGCAGCAGCAGGGGAGCAGGAGAGUGUUUCUGUGCAGCGCUGCGACGGAUGGGAGCAUUGCAUUCUGGGAUAUCUCUGAUGCGGUGGAGGGGGGGAGUCUGGAGGAGGAUGGUGGCACCCCCCAGCGGAAGGGACUGGGCAGCCCCUGUCUGACUGUGUGGCUGCACCAGUGUGGGGUGAACAGCCUGGAUAUCCUGGAGACGGAGGCUCCAGGGCACUACCUGCUGGCCAGUGGGGGUGAUGACGGCUCACUGCAGGUGUGUCGCGUGUGUGUGGACAGCGGCGUUGCCGUGUCGUCGGUGCGGAUCAGCGCUCGCUUCGCAGUCUCCUCUGCUCACGCCGCGCUCCUCACCGGCCUGCACUUCCUGACCCCUGACCUCCUGGUCUCUGCCUCCGUGGACCAGCGUGUGGCUCUGUGGCGGCUGGGCGAGGCCGGGCUGAGUUGGCAGGGAGCCCGGUUCUGUCACGUGGCCGACGUAGCGGGGCUGGAGACGUGGCAGAGAGAGGAGGACCAGGAUACCUUCCUGGCAGUGUGCGGGCAGGGGCUUCAGAUACUGAGGCUGGGACACUGGGAGAGACUGGCAGAGGGGGCUGGGGGGCACUGAGAGGAGGCUUUGCAAGGACUGCAGGUGCCAGGCAAGAUGAGAGGGGAGCCACUAAACUCCUCUCUGCUUUAUUUCUGUAUGUGCGCCCCAUGCUGAGCCCAGCGUUUAAACUCAUAUUCUGUUUUAAAAUAAAAGAUUACUUAAUAAAAAAAAAAGUAUUUUCUGGGGAGUGUUAUUGGAAAGUAAAUGUAUUUUAGUGUCUCACUGAAGUUGCUGGAUGCAGCAGUAGUUAAUGAUGUGGAAUGCACAGCACUGUGAAAUACUGAGCACACGCUGCUGUGAAAGGUCCUCACGUCUUGUGUAUUCUGUGAUGUAACACGCGGCACAGCUGCAGGGAGGGGAUCAAGGCACACCUGUCUCUGCUCAGGGAGGGGAUCAAGGCACACCUGUCUCUGCUCAGGGAGGGGAUCAAGGCACACCUGUCUCUGCUCAGGGAGGGGAUCAAGGCACACCUGUCUCUGCUCAGUGAGGUUGACAUUUUAAACCGACAUGCUGUGCAAUAGGGCCUCACUGGCCUGCUAUUGUGUUUCAGGUCUGCACUAAUUCUCAUUAUUUAUUGAAGCGGUGUGAUGGUGUGCUUCACUGAAUGUAUGGUUGCUUCCUGAACACAGACAGUUCAAACAUUUUAAAUCAUUUCAAUCUAGAGCCUGCCUGUGUGUGCUGGACAGUCCCUGCUUCCCUGUUUGUGCUGGACGGUCCCUGCUUCCCUGUAUGUACUGGACGGUCCCUGCUUGCCUGUGUGUGCUGGACGGUCCCUGCUUGCUUGUGUGUGCUGGACGGUCCCUGCCUGUGUGUGCUGGACUUUCCCUGCCUGUCUGCCUGCCUGUGUGUGCUGGACGGUCCCUGCCUGUGUGUGCUGGACAGUCCCUGUUCAGUGGAGUGGCAGGCUUGCCUCUGGUGGUUGUUUAAUAUUACAUGCUGCUGCCAGCUUCAUUUUGUCUGGAUCUUCAGGGAGGGAUGAUUCUCUCUGCCUCA